GAAAGAAAGAAAAUACAUAUUAACCCUGCGGUCGCCGGAAGGCGCCGAUCACUGUACAGAGAACCGCCAAAUCCCGAAGAUCGUGCGAUUCUGGUGGGGAAGAAAUGUGAAUUGUAGAUUCAGCCUGAAAGCUACGGUAACAGUUUACCUCUCUUCUCUCUCUCUCUCCCUAAACCCAUUUUCAACUUCUCCCACAAAUCACUGGAACAAGCAAUUCCCCGUUCAACCGCCAUUUCAAUUAGGGUUCAUCGGAGAUCGUCAAUAGUCGCAUGAAGUCCUAAACCAAGAUCAAUUAUCAACUUCCCUUCACAAGAAACCAUAAUCUAUUAGUAUUUCUGGAUAGCCUUCUGCUUAGUUGUUGCAAUUCGGUAUUCGAUUCUGGCUGGAUCCAUUGUAUAUGUGACAUGCCAAGAAUUAGUUCUAAACGAAGAUUUCUAUUCAGUUAGCUGUCGUCCUGAUCGGGUUUGAGCUAGGUUUUGUGUGACGAGGAAUCUUCGGCUCAGAUGGCAAUUAUUGGAGACGCACUUCGCCAGGCGUUCAUGCCAAAGCACGAGUAUGAGAACCUCCGCGAAGAAGAAAAAGCUUGGGGCAAGCUUCAGAAACCGUUGGUUAUGGCUCUCGUGGCUUUGAUAGGGCUCGCAAUUAUUGUAUGCACUACUAUUAGUCUGAACAUAGUCUUCCCCAACGACAUCGCAAAUAGACCAUUCUGCAACGACAGGAGGCUUCAGCCUCUCCCCGUAAAUGGAAAAGGAGGCGAAUCUGAUUUUGUUCUUGGAGCUUUUUAUCUCACGAAUCAAGAAAUCGUGGACUAUUAUUGGAUGCUCGUGUUCAUCCCCUCAGUAGUCGCAUUUGCUGCAUCGGUUGUCUAUCUUGUUGCGGGCAUAAUUGUUGCUUAUUCUGGUCCAACUAGACACGGUUGCUUGAAAGUAGUUGAGAAUAGCUACUGUGCAUCCAGAAGAGGUGGAGUUCGCUGUCUUACCAUCUUGAAUGUUGUUUUUGCCAUCAUCUUUGGCCUUUUGGCACUAUUUCUUGGUUCAAGUCUUCUCACCUUGGGUGGGAGCUGCGCAGUGCCCCUGUUUUGGUGUUAUGAGAUCACAUCAUGGGGUCUAGUUAUUCUCUAUGGAGGAACUGCAUUCUUUUUAAGGAGAAAAGCAGCUACCAUUCUUGACGAGGGAGACCUCAGUGGUCAAAACCUCGGGCUGGAAAUGUUGGUAGCAAAUCCCUUGGAGAUCACUCCCGAUGUGGAAAGGCGUGUCAGUGAAGGAUUCAAGGCUUGGAUGGGAUCUUCUCUCUUAUCCUCUGAUGAAGAAGAUGAAUCUGAUAGCUACGAAGGCGUAACAUCCCAUAUGAACCAUACUAACUCUAACAGGCACAUAGCUCCCAAGUAAGUAGUUAGAUGUCCAUUAAUUCAGUUAUCGACGGGUAAAUUUCGGUUCACUGAAGAUCCAUCAGGGACAAAGAUGCACGGGUGUUUGCUGAGAGUCGACUAAUAUCAUAUCGAAAUACUUGAUACUGAUUUCGAGGCUCGGUUGGGAGUGCCAAUUUUGUCGAGCUUUGGUUUCAUCUGUUCCCAUGAUCUUGAUAGCUUGUGAAUAGUUUAUAGAACUACUCAUCCUCUCCUGCACUCUUUUGGGAGCAGAGUGAUGAAAACUUAACCGUUCCUUUUAGGUCUUAUAUUUAAUAACGGUUACUUCUGUUUAUCUUAUUCUCUUUUUACAUUCUGUGUAACCUUUUUGUUUCUUGGAAACUUUUGCUUCAACAGCUUAUCCGUAGACUGUAAAUUAUUGAGUGUGGUUGCUAUUAGUUGGAGGCAAGUGUGAAAAUUUGUAUGUUUUUUAAUAACCCGUUUAAAA